AUGGAAAAACUGCUGAGACCCGAUCGUUUUGAAGCAGACCAAAAUUCACCCACAGCAGCCAAGGAGUGGUCUCAUUGGAAGAAAUUGUUCCAAAAUUAUAUUGGAGAGGCUAAACUAAAAGAGGAGGAAAAUUUAAAGGUACUUAUUAACUUUUUAAGCCACUCAGUGUAUGACUAUAUAAGCGACUGUAAAGAUUUCAGUGAUGCUAUUAAAAUUCUAGAUGGUAUUUAUAUAAAGCCUAAAAAUGAAAUAUUUGCCAGACAUCUAUUAGCCACAAAGAAACAACUGACAAGUGAAUCUAUUGAUCAAUACUUGCAGUCUCUAAAGAUUUUAGCUAAGGAAUGUACAUUUAAAGCCGUUAGUCCCUCACAGUAUAAGGAUAAAUACAUAAGAGACGCAUUCAUUAAUGGUAUCAUGUCUAAUAGCAUCCGUCAAUGUCUGUUAGAAAACGAUGAACUAAGUCUAGAACGAGCAGUGAUGCAGUCACGAGCGCUAGAGAUGGCACAAAAGCAGUCUGAAGCCUACUCUAUGCCUGUAGAAUCUAUAAAUCAUGUAAAUACCGAAGCAGAAGACGAACAAUCUGAAUCAAUGAUCGCAGCCAUCCGACAAAAAUGUUUUUUUUGCGGGUAUGACCGGCAUCCGCGUAGCUCUUGUCCAGCUAGGGAAGCUGUGUGUAGGAAUUGUGACAAAAAAGGUCACUUCUCCAAAGUUUGCAAAUUAAAGAAAAGUCAAAACUCAAAUAAGUCUAAUACAACUACUUCGGCUUUUAUUGCAAAUCUAGCCUGUAUCUCUGCAAACUUACCGGGUGCUCUAUCAAAAACAGUUAUUAAAGUUAGAGUCAAUAAUAUGGAAGCAAAUGGUCUAGUGGAUACAGGAGGUUCAAGUAGCUUCAUAGAUGACGAAUUUGUCCAGCAUCAUUAG